CCGGGCUGCGGACGACGCUCGGGACGGGCCCAAGGAGUCGCUCCUCCCCGACCGAUGUCCGCAAGAUGGAGGCGGCGGGGGCGACGGCGUGAGGAGGGCGGCGCGGAGAGCGCGGGAGCAGGCCGGCGGGCGGCGGGGGCGGCGGGAUGGGGCUGCUGCUCAUGAUCCUGGCGUCGGCCGUGCUGGGCUCGUUCCUCACGCUGCUCGCACAGUUCCUGCUGCUCUACCGCAGACAGCCCGAGCCGCGGGCGGACGAGGCGGCCCGCGCGGGCGACGGCUUCCGCUAUCUCAAGCCGGUGCCGGGCCUGCCCCUGAGGGAGUACCUCUAUGGCGGCGGCUCGGAGGAGCCCGCGGCCGGGUCGUCCGAGGCCACCCCGACCCCCGACAGCCCGGCCCCACCGACGCGGGAGACCUGCUACUUCCUCAACGCCACCAUCCUGUUCCUGUUCCGGGAGCUGCGGGACACGGCGCUCGCCCGCCGCUGGGUCACCAAGAAGAUCAAGGUGGAGUUCGAGGAGCUGCUGCAGACCAAGACGGCCGGCCGCCUGCUAGAGGGGCUGAGCCUGCGCGACGUGUUCCUGGGCGACACGGUGCCCUUCAUCAAGACCAUCCGCCUGGUGCGGCCCGUGGUGGCCUCGGGCACCGGCGAGCCCGACGGCCCCGACGGGGACGCGCAGCCCGCCACCUGCCCCGAGGAGCUGGCCUUCGAGGCGGAGGUGGAGUACGACGGCGGCUUCCACCUGGCCAUCGACGUGGACCUAGUGUUUGGCAAGUCCGCCUACCUGUUCGUCAAGCUGUCGCGGGUGGUGGGCCGGCUGCGUUUCGUCCUCACCCGCGUGCCCUUCACUCACUGGUUCUUCUCCUUCGUGGAGGACCCGCUGAUUGACUUCGAGGUGCGCUCCCAGUUCGAGGGGCGGCCCAUGCCCCAGCUCACCUCCAUCAUCGUCAACCAGCUCAAGAAGAUCAUCAAGCGCAAGCACACCCUGCCCAGUUACAAGAUCAGGUUUAAGCCGUUUUUUCCAUACCAAGCCUUGCAAGGAUUUGAAGAAGAUGAAGAACUUAUUCAUAUUCAACAGUGGGCACUUACUGAAGGCCGGCUGAAAGUUACAUUGUUAGAAUGUAGCAGGUUGUUCAUUUUUGGAUCCUAUGACAGAGAAGCAAAUGUUCAUUGCACACUUGAGUUGAGCAGUGGUGUUUGGGAAGAAAAACAAAGGAGUUCUAUUAAGACGGUUGAAUUAAUAAAAGGGAAUUUACAGAGUGUGGGACUUACACUUCGUCUUGUUCAGUCAACUGAUGGAUAUGCUGGGCAUGUCAUAAUUGAAACCGUGGCCCCAAACUCACCUGCUGCCAUUGCAGAUCUUCAGCGAGGAGACCGGCUCAUUGCAAUUGGAGGUGUGAAAAUCACAUCGACACUGCAGGUGUUGAAGCUUAUCAAGCAGGCUGGUGACCGAGUCCUGGUGUACUAUCAAAGACCUGUCGGCCAGAGUAACCAAGGGGCCGUGCUGCAAGACAGUUUGGGCCAGUUGGAAGAAAACUUUUUGUCAAGUGCCUGCCAGCCAGGUUAUGAAGAAGAAGCUGCUGGGUUGCCAAUGGAUACUGAAAAUAGAGACCUUGAUUCAGAAUUUGAAGACUUGGCAAGUGAUGUCAGAGUACAAACAGAGUUCAAAGAGGAGGCACAACCCUUGAGUCCCAGUCCCAAGCGCACUCCAACAACGCUUUCUAUUAAACCCCUUGGCGCUAUAUCCCCAGUUUUAAAUCGAAAAUUAGUUUCAGGAAUCUAUCCACCACCACAAAAGCUUCCAUCUAAAGAAGGAAAUAAACCAUCAGCUCUAAAAACUUCAGAGGCCACAGAAGCAGCACCAGUGUCCAAACCCCAGGGAUCCACUUUCAAACCACCUGUGCCACCACGACCACAAGUGAAAAUUGCUUUGCCUUCCACUGACACUCCAACCCAGGCAGACCCGGAUGCUGUUGAGAAGCCAGAGAAGGUGCUGCUCCCUCCUCCUCCUGCAGAGAAGCCUGCUGAAAAGCAAGUAAAGAGCGUGGAUCAUGGGGAAGAUGGGGCAACAGGUAAGCUGUCUUCAGCAAAGCAAGAAGUAGUAAAAGAUGUUACUUCAGAAAGUUCUGGUCCUACUAAGGACACUUCGGAUGACCAUCAGAUGUGGGAAUCAUCAGAGGUUCUUUAUCGUAAUAAGGUGGGAAAGUGGUCAAGAACCAGAGCAUCCUGUUUGUUCGACAUAGAAGCCUGCCACAGGUACCUGAACAUUGCACUGUGGUGCAGGGAUCCUUUCAAGUUAGGAGGCCUCAUCUGUUUGGGGCAUGUUAGUUUAAAACUUGAAGAGGUGGCUUUAGGUUGCCUGGCUACAUCAAACAUGGAAUACCUUUCAAAGUUCAGACUGGAAGCCCCUGCUCCUAAGGCCAUGGUCACUAGAACUGCACUGCGCAAUCUGAGUAUGCAAAAGGGCUUCAACGACAAAUUUUGUUUUGGUGACAUUACUAUUCAUUUCAAAUAUUUGAAGGAAGGAGAACCAGACCACCACAUCGUUCCUAACAUAGAGAAAGAAAAAGAACUUCAUUUGAUUGAGGAAGUUUCAUCACUCCCUAAAGAGGAACAUUUUGUGGGGCAGAUGAGUUUGUCAGAAAAUAAACAUAGUUUCCAGGAUACUCAGUUCCAAAACCCAACUUGGUGCGAUUACUGUAAGAAAAAAGUCUGGACAAAAGCUGCUUCCCAGUGUAUGUUCUGUGCUUAUGUUUGUCAUAAAAAAUGUCAAGAAAAGUGUCUGGCUGAGACGCCUCUUUGUGGAGCAACUGAGAGGCGAGUAGACCGGACCCUGAAAAACCUCAGGUUGGAGGGACAGGAACCACUCAUGGGCCUUCCCCCUCGUGUGGAGAUGGAAGCUAACAAGUCAGUUCAUAAAACAACAGGCUUGACAAGGCACAUUAUUAAUACUAGCUCUCGUUUACUAAAUUUGCGUCAAGUCUCUAAAACUCGUGUUUCUGAACCAGGAACAGAUCUUGUGGAACCAUCACCAAAGCACACACCCAACACAUCAGACAAUGAAGGAAGUGACACAGAGGUGUGUGGUCCAAACAGCCCUUCCAAACGAGGGCACGGUGCAGGAAUAAAGUUGGUGAGAAAGGAAGGUGGGCUGGAUGACAGUGUUUUCAUUGCAGUGAAGGAAAUCGGCCGUGAUCUGUACAGAGGCUUGCCAACAGAAGAAAGGAUCCAAAAGCUAGAGUUCAUGCUGGAUAAACUGCAGAAUGAAAUCGAUCAGGAGUUGGAACACAAUAAUUCCCUUGUUAGAGAGGAAAAAGAAACAACCGAUACAAGGAAAAAAUCACUUCUUUCUGCUGCCUUGGUUAAAUCAGGGGAAAGACUACAAGCUCUGACACUCCUGAUGAUCCACUACAGGGCAGGCAUUGAAGACAUUGAGACCCUAGAGAGCUUGUCUUUAGACCAGCACUCGAAAAAGGUAAACAAGUACACAGACGAUACGGAAGAAGACCUUGAUAGUGAAAUAAGCCAACUGAUCGACUCUCAGCCGUUCAGCAGCAUCUCGGAUGACUUGUUUGGCCCAUCAGAGUCUGUGUAGCAGACAAACUAAACUUUGAAGUGGUUGGGGACAAAAUGGAUCUGGCGUGCCACGGAUACAGCCAUGUUUCAGUUCUCUGGUGGUGCACUUUGGCCUGCUUCUGCAGUUGCUUGCUUGUAUAAGAAUGAAAGGUGGUUUUCCAGCAGAAACAUGACGAGCUCACCAAACUGGUUGUUUUGGAUUGUGCUUAUUCUUAAUGGUUUUGGGGUUUAUACUGGGAAUUGGGUUUUAUUAAUUUAUUUUUAACCUUUUCUAAUUAUGUAAGCUAACUUUGUGUUUAUGUAUUGUGAUGUCUCACUGUCCUUUUUUUUUUCUUUCCUCCUGGUUAUUGAAUUAAUGUUAAGUAAGAUCCUGUCCAGAUUCCUGAAAUAUUUUCAUUCUCAUUCAUCACGGUUAUAACAGCAGAUUUGUUGCAUGCCUAAAUUGACAGCAGUAAUCACUGAGGGAACAGAAUUGAAUCUUCUUUCUUCUAUGUUUUGAGGUUUGUCAGCCGUACUUGCGUGAGGUUUUUGUUAUAUGGGGUUUGGGAGGAUUUGUUUUGUUUUAUUUUGUUUUGUUGUUGUUGCCAAAUACAAAUGAAAGCAAACCAUGCAGCUUUAAAAUGUUAUGCUGAUUUAGUUUUUUUUUACGUAUAUUGCUUGCUUCUUAUGCUUCUGUGAUAUUUUUUAAAGCUUUUAUGCAGUUGAAGUAUAGUAAAAUUAUAGUAAUUAGCUAAGAAGUUGCAUUGAAUAGAGGAUAAAUGCAAAAUCUAGUUGGUGAAGAAUUUUGUAGAGAGGAUAACAAGAUUUUAUUACUGAAGAGUUACCAGUAGGAUUUUGAAAUAUCUUUCAAAUGUUGAUGCUUUCCUUUUAAAUGGAAGUUAUGAACAUUCAUGAUGAUUUUUCAUCUUUGGUUCUCCCAUAGGAAAUAAAGCAUGUAUAAGGAUAUUUAAAUUUUCACAGGCUUGUUCAGAAAAUGGCUGCAUUGAUAACUUGCUUCGUUUGAAAAAAAAUUUUAAUGUAGGACUAUGCUGUGGAGGGCAAUUAUACAGAAUAUGUUUACUACACAAAUCCUUUGGUGUCUGUGGCCUUAAAGGAAUGUCAGUCAUUCUGAAUUAUUUAAUAAUUCAGACCAUCAUCAUUCAUUGUAAAGAAAAAUAAAAAUAGACAGUGUGCAUAGGAUUUGGGACUAGUUCUCUAAAAAUGAAGGCCUGCUGUGGUACUGGGUUCAUCUAAUGGAUGCUAAUAACACACAACUGAGAGAAAUAUGGGAGCUUGACCCCUAUUGAUGUAUCUUUAAAAGUCCGAGCCUGGUAUACCUAUAGAAUAGAAAAGCGUUUUUCCCUUUUACAAUAACACUAUGAUAACACAUAAACCAACUUAAUUUAAAACUAUGGAACAGCUCUUUCGCUGCAGGAAAAUUUGUAGAAUGAUAUAGUAGAGAGAAUGGUCCAGUCUGUAGCUCAAACUCCAACAGGAGUUUGAGGCCAAGCUCUUGAGUGAGCACUGCAGCAUAGGCAGGUCACAGAGGGUCACCCAGCACAGCUUCUCUGUCUCCGAAGGUACUUAACUCUACCUCACGGGGCUGUUGUGAGACAAACAGGAGCAUAACUGCAAAAGUGCUUUGAACAGUAAAAAGCGGUGAACAUAAAAGGUAUUACUUACAUGAGAAAAGCGUUGUUGCGUGUGGAAGGUUAUUCUAGCUUUAAAUUCAAUAGCUAACUCUUGUUAUUAAGUGAACACUAGGACACAAACUUUCUAUCUGUGUAAUCCCCACCCCACCCCUGCUUUCUACAACAAAUCCCAGAAGCUAAAAUGUUGCUCCACAUCUUAUGCUUGAAGCAAUCUGCCUGAUGUAUAGCCAUGUUUCAUCUUGUAAACAGUAACUUGCCAUUGCUGCCUGAAGGUGAUGCGUCUGUAAGUGGCUGGUAUGUAUACAGAUAAAUCAUGGAAGUUUUAGCGAUGCCCAAGCAUGCUCCUGCACUGACUUUGAAAGAGCUAUAGAAGUAAUGCAAAGCUUUAGUUCUAAGAAUCUACUCAUGCUUCAAAGUAUUUAUCUCUGUAGAACCACAAUCAUGGAAAGCUCGACAGUGCUGCUAAUGGUGUUUGUAAAAUAGGCCUUUAAUAUCGUGCAAUAUUUUUCUAUUAGGAGAGACAGUAGAGGCAUCACAGUUGUACUUUAGAGCAGGGAAGGAGGGGAAACUCCAAAUACCCUAGAGCAUAGUAAGGGAUAAGGCUUCAGUUUAAAAGGUUGUAUUAUAUGACAUUACUCAUGUAAUCUUGCUGCCAUGCUAUGUUAUCAAUAGCUAAAUAAUAAUAAUAAAGACUACCACGGAAAAUAAGAAUAUCUUCAUUUGAUGACAUCUGAAAACAAGGUGAUUGGUUCAUCUCUGUGGCAUUAUACCUGAUGUAAUUGGCCAUGCAGACAAGCUAACAAUCCAUUUUUACUAAACAAAUUUGCAAAAGCAUUCAAACUUUUACUGUUGCUACCUUACCUUUUGAAACAGAUGUAUGGAUUUUUUUUCUAAUGCUAUAGCAUGUGGUAAUAAGCAUAGUGAGACAUGUCUCAGGAAAGAAAAAUUGGACUGUUUAAAGUGUGUUCUCUUCAUUGGUAUUUAGAUGAAUGACUGGAUUAGACAAAAUGAACAACAUCUUAGUAUUUUGCAAUCACAAUGUGUAUGUUUCUUUUUUAUUUAUUGUGUUGGCUCUUUGAGACAGUCUUUCUCUAUAGGCCUGACUGUUGUGGAACUCAUUGUAUAGAUCAGGCUGGCCUCGAACUCAACAGAUAUCUGCCUGCCUCUGCCUCUGGAGUGCUGAGAUUAAAGGCAUGUAUCAUCACAUCCAGCUGUGCUAUAUUUAAGUUCUCUAAAGUAAGUUUGAAAUCACUUCAAUUUUUAAAAGAUGCAUUAAUUUUCUAAAUUGAGGUGAUGGUUUUUCGUAUCCCCUCCCUCCAAAAAAAAAAAAAAGCAAAGAACGGUGGAAAGGGGGAUUACCUUCAUCCUUCUUGAUUCUUUUAUGUUCCUCAAGGUCUGAGUAAAA